AUGUCGGAAUCAGUGGGAUUCAAAAAUACAACUUCAACUUCCCAGCCUCGACAAAAGCCUGGAGCCGCCUGCGAAGAAUGCCGGCGGCGAAAGCUCCGGUGUGAUCGACGACAGCCUCAAUGCGGAUUGUGUGAAGCGUCUGGCAAGGAAUGCCUGGUCUCGACGACUCGAUCUCUUCGCGGACCCAAGCGCGGAUAUCUAAAAGCCUUGCAGGCUCGAAUUGCUGUUCUUGAGGGAAGGCUACUUGAGCAAGAGCAACAGAAUAACCAAACCGGAAACGUACCGACAGUGGUGAACGAGAAUGCGGUUGGGAACCUACCAUGUAAUGAUCAGAACUUUGUACAGUGGGAUCUUCCAAUUCCGGAAGAAGAUAUGUUUUUGCAGGACCCGUGCUUCGGAUCGAAAACUAAUGACUCACUGGGAGAAUCGUCAUUCGACGCCAAUUCAUUCAACGUCCCAAAUGUUGUUGAAAAUGUCAAUGAUGAGGCGAGAUUCCAGGAUUUCGUCAAUGCCACGAAGGUGUUGGAUAUGUCUGAAGGGCCGGACGAGUUCAAUAUCUCAGAUUUAAUGCAGGCAGAUCUAAUUCACACAUUUGCGCCCAUUGUCCAUCAGCGCCAGUAUUUUUCUUGGAGCCGGCAGCCCAACAAAACCGAGGCCCAGAUAUGUUUACAAUACGCCAUGUGGACUCUCGCAGCGUCAGUAUCGGCGCAUUAUCAAAGCAUCCGGGACUCUUUGUACGGAUUUAUGCGCCGUGCACUCGAUUCCUUGGAAGCAGAAAAUAUAAACCUUGCGGUGACAGAUAUCGAGCAGGUUCAAGCUUGGCUUUUGCUAGCCAUUCAUGAGUUUAUGUGCGUGGAUUUCCGCCGAGCAUGGAUCAGUGCUGGGCGCGCAUUCCGGUUGAUUCAACUUAACUGGUUUCACAACAUAGAGCCCUUAAAUAUGACGAUCUCGCAGAUGGAAUGGGUUGAGGCUGAAAGAAAGAGGCGAACCUUUUGGAUGGCAUAUUGCCUGGAUCGAUUUGUUAGCAUCCGAACCGGGUCUCCAUUGACUUUUAGCGAACAAAUGAUCACGAUUCGUCUUCCUUCGCCCGAAGCUGCUUUUGAGAACGACCAGCCCACACUGAUGGGAUUUCUCUCAGAGGCAAUCGCGGCGACAGAGCCUAUUGCGCCAUCGACAUUUAUCGAAUGCAUCAUUAUGGCAACCAUUAGUGGUCGUGCUCUAGCCCACAGGCACCAGUUUUUGGUCGAUAAUAUCUAUCUCAACGCAAGGGAGGAUUUCUGGGACCACCACCACUGGAUCAAUUCCAUUCUAACCAGAAAAAUGGACAUAUUCACUUCAGAAUAUCCCCUCCGAAUACAGCAAACGGAUCCGAUGCUGCUUUUUAUCAGCAUGAUGUGGCGCACUACCGUUUUACAUCUUUCUCAGACAAUGGAGCAUGCGAUACCAUUGACAGACGAGAAGAGACCAGUAGUGGUGGAAUAUAUGGGGCUGUCCUCAAUAGCCGCACAGGAAAUGGCAGAUUUGACAAAAAAUUUAUCGCAACUCAACCGUUUCAAGGUGAGAAGAUGCCUCCAGAGUUAUACAUCAGAAGGGCUGAUGUGGCUGGCAUUGCUGUGA